GUGGAGGUUGAGAGGGAGCUCCCCAAGUUCCGCGCCCCGGCGCGCGCCGCGCUGGAGCGGCUGCUGCGGUCGUGCCUGCGGCUGCGCGCCGACAUGGGGCACUUUGCCACCAACAUGAGGACCUACGUGACGUACGAGGUGCUGGAAGGCGCGUGGCGUGAGUUCCAGGGUGCGGCCGCGUCCUGCUGCGACAUGGACGCCCUCAUAUCGCGCCACGAGGCCUUCUUGGCCGCCCUGCUGGGGCGCGCGCUGCUGGACGACUCGUCGGCGCAGGUGCGGUCCACCCUCAACGGGGUUUUGGCCAACAUGCUGGGUCUGGCCCCCCUGGUGGGGCGGCUCAAUGAUGAGGUCAAAGCGUCCCUCCUCUGGAUGGAGGACCGCGCCCGUGAGGCCGCCGCCAACACGGCCGCGGGGCGCUGGGGGGCCGUGGACUCUGACGCGGCCGCGCGGCGUGAUGAGGAGGUGGACCCCGCCCUGGUGGAGGAAUUGGAGGGGGUGGCGGGGCAGCUGGAGGCGGCGCACCUGGCCGGCGUGAGGCGCCUCACAGAGCAGCUCUCCGACGAGCGCCAGGGCGGCGUCGCCCACGCCUUCAACGAGGUGCGCUACCUGCUCUGCCGCCUGGACCGCGCGUUCUACGAGAGGCAGGCCGGCGCGAUGGACGGCGGCUUCCUGGAGGUGGACGCACCCAGCUGA